AUGGAGGCGACGGCGGCGCUGACGGCGGACUCGGCGCCACAGGCGGCGAGGGAGGCGAGGGUGGCGGUGGGGACGGCGGAGGAGGUGAGGGCGGCGGCGAGGGCGGCGGUGGCGAAGGCGGCGGCGGAGAAGACGGAGGCGGCGAGGGCGGCGGCGGCGUGGGCGGCGGUGGCGAGGGCGGCGGCGGCGACGGGGGCGGCGGCGAGGGUGGCGGUGGGGACGGCGGAGGAGGUGACGGCGGCGGCGUGGGCGGCGGCGGCGAGGGCGGCGGCGGUGACGGGGGUGGGGGCGACGGCGGAGGAGGCGAUGGCGGCGGCGGCGAGGGCGGAGGGGGCGAGGGCGGAGGGGGUGAGGGCGGCGGCGGUGAGGGCGGCGGCGGCGAGGGAGGCGGCGGCGACGGGGGAGGCGGCGAGGGCGGCGGUGGCGAGGGAGGCGGCGGGGAUGGUGGGGGAGGCGAGGGCGGUGGUGGAGACGGAGGCGGGCUCGGAGGCGGCGGGCUCGGUGGUGGGGGUGAGGGCGGUGGGGGGCUUGGGGGAGGCGGCGACGGCGGCGGGGAGGGCGGCGGCGGCGACGGUGGCGGCGGCGAGGGCGGGGGUGGGCUUGGCGGUGGCGGUGACGGCGGUGGCGAUGGCGGUGGCGGCGAGGGUGGUGGCGACGGAGGUGGGGGUGAGGGCGGCGGCGGUGAGGGCGGCGGCGGCGAGGGUGGCGGCGGCGAGGGAGGCGGACUCGGCGGCGGCGGUGAGGGAGGCGGUGGCGACGGAGGUGGCGAGGGCGGCGGUGGCGAGGGAGGCGGCGAGGGAGGAGGCGGCGAGGGAGGCGGGCUCGGCGGCGGCGGUGAGGGAGGCGGGGGCGACGGAGGUGGCGGUGAGGGCGGGGGCGGCGACGGCGGCGGUGAGGGCGGUGGUGAGGGCGGCGGCGGCGAGGGAGGAGGCGGCGAGGGAGGCGGGCUCGGCGGCGGCGGUGAGGGAGGCGGGGGCGACGGAGGUGGCGGUGAGGGCGGGGGCGGCGACGGCGGCGGUGAGGGCGGUGGUGAGGGCGGCGGCGGCGAGGGAGGAGGCGGCGAGGGAGGCGGGCUCGGCGGCGGCGGUGAGGGAGGCGGGGGCGACGGAGGUGGCGGUGAGGGCGGGGGCGGCGACGGCGGCGGUGAGGGCGGCGGCGAGGGCGGCGGCGGCGAGGGAGGAGGCGGCGAGGGAGGCGGGCUCGGCGGCGGCGGUGAGGGAGGCGGUGGCGACGGAGGUGGCG